AUGUGUUGUUUGCCCCACCAAGAUUUACAUGCUAACAUUUCCACUGCUAACAGAUAUUGUAGAGUUUAUGAGAAUUUGGCACUCUACGGGGGAAUUUCAUGAGGCAAUAUCUAGGGCUCGUCAAUGUCUAAUCUUAGAAUACAUCAUGGUGUCUGAAAGAGAGGACAUAGUAAUUCAUUUAAACUGUGUUUUACACAGAGUCUUCAAAAUAAAACAUGGUGCAGAAGCUAUUGAAUUUAUUUGAUGUAGAAACCCAACAGAAAACACAGUGACGUUCAUUCAAGGGCACCAGAAAUUCAAAAUCAAGGUCUUGUUAUGCAACUGUGUGUGUGUGUGUACCCUGGGGAGACAAAUCCUGAUAAAUCCAAGACAUUGACCCACUAUUACCUUGGGUUUAGAGAUUAUUAUCUCUAUAAUGCCAUCUGUCAAGGUGCAGUUAGUUUUUACCCGGAACUAUGUAUGCAGCUGUAUUUUCAGGACGAGACACUUUGGACGGAACACAUGAUAAACGAGCACACACCGCCGGAAGAGAUGAAGUGAAUGAUAAUCCCGCCCGUAAUCCAUUCCUGUCCUAGUGCCUUGUCUCGUCUGCAUUUCACGUUAUGACCAAAACUCAGUCUGGACCAAACUACAAGCUAGUCUCGCUAGCCGCCUACCAAAGAGACAUUUCCCGGACGAUUGAUGAUUUGUGAAGAUGAGCACUCAUAAAGCUGCGUUGUGCAAGGUCCAGAUUUUAAAGUUAUUUCUGACUUCGGCAAGGUGCGUGAGGAUCACACGAUUCUAUGGUGUGUGUGGACUUUCCACCUCCACACCUGCCUCCAGCCCCAAGGUGUGCAUAGUUGGAGGUGGCCCAGCUGGCUUCUACACUGCACAACACCUAGUCAAGACUCGGACAGAUGUUCAGGUGGACAUCUACGAGCGUCUACCCGUCCCCUUCGGCCUGGUCAGAUUUGGGGUGGCCCCCGACCAUCCAGAGGUCAAGAACGUCAUCAACACCUUCACCCAAACGGCCCAGCAUGCCAGGUGUAGUUUCCAUGGCAAUGUGAGAGUGGGGAAGGACGUCACUGUGGAGGAGCUUCAAGAAGCCUACCACGCUGUGGUUCUGAGCUAUGGAGCGGAGGGGAACAGGACUAUGGGUGUACCGGGGGAAGACUUGGCUGGGGUGUACUCUGCCAAAGACUUUGUCGGCUGGUACAAUGGGCUGCCUAGAAACAGAGAGCUUAGGCCGGAUCUGAGCUGUGAGACGGCUGUAAUUCUGGGGCAGGGUAACGUGGCACUGGAUGUUGCAAGGAUGCUGCUAUCUCCUAUAGAUAUUCUGAAGAAGACUGAUAUCACCCAGCAUGCACUAGAUGCCCUGGCAGAGAGCAGUGUCCGCAGGGUGCUCAUUGUGGGGCGCAGGGGACCCCUACAGGUGGCCUGCACUAUUAAGGAGCUGAGAGAGAUGGUGAACCUGCCUGGCACCAGACCAGAGAUGGAGGCGUCUGAGUUUGAGGGCAUAGCAGAAACUCUUAAAUCGCUGGCCAGGCCCAGGAAGCGUCUGACCGAGCUGCUGCUGAAGGCUGCAAUAGAGACUCCAGGGGAGGAGGAGUUAGAGAAACGGAACAGGGCAGAGCGGGCCUGGGGAUUCCGCUUCCUCCGGAGGCCCCUGGAGGUCCUCCCCUCCACUGACCUCAUCAGGGCCGCAGGGAUACGAUUGGCUGUCAACCGGCUGGAGGGCGACGGUGAGGGGGUGAGGGCAGUGGCCACCGGUGAGGUGGAAGAUGUGGAGUGCGGCCUAGUCAUCAGCAGCAUCGGCUACAAGAGCCUUCCCAUCGACCCCGCCGUCCCCUUCGACGCCCGAAAAGCCAUCAUCCCCAACACUAUGGGCCGCGUGCAGCAGACUGCAGGUCUGUACUGCAGUGGCUGGGUGAAGAGGGGUCCCACGGGGGUGAUAGCCACCACCAUGAAUGACAGCUUUGACACAGCCAGGACUCUGCUACAGGACAUUGGCAAAGGAACACUGGAUGUAUCCACCGUCAAGCCUGGCUCACAGGGGGUCUCCGCCCUCCUGGAGAAAAGAGGUGUGAAGCCAGUUUCGUUCUCUGACUGGGAGAAGAUCGACAGUGAGGAGACGAGGAGGGGAGAGACCAGGGGAAAGCCCAGGGAAAAGAUGCUGGACGUGGGAGAGAUGCUGCAGGUAGCCCGGGCAUAGGGACAAGGGACCACACACACAGGUCAUAGGGACCAGAGGACUCGACAACCAAGAAGUGAAUAAGAACCACUGACCACACACACAACUCUGGUCCAACCCCGCUUUUUAUGCCAGCUACAGGCCACGAACUUGUCUGUCUAUGGUACACGCACAUGAUCAAUUUAGUCCCUGACCAUCAUCCAAUGCCAGUCAUACAAUACCCAAGUUCCAAGUUGACGUGCCAUAUGUAAUAAAUACACUUUACAUAGCCAGAGCUCUCAUUGAAACAAUGGUGGUGUUUCACUGCAGUACUAGUGAUUUUAAUGGUUGUGGCUUGGCGCUAAUCAAAACAGUCAGGGCCUGGUUUCCCGAUAGCGGUGGAAUUUAGGCAUACAAGUGUUUUAAUGAUGCAUCCAUAUUUGUGAAGAUGUAGUAUGUGUUUCUCAAUACACCACAGAGAGAACGUUCGCUAAGUGCGUUGUUGAGGCAUGUGUCGAUACUGAUAGGAUCGAGACAAAAAAAAGGCAGUGCUGCUCUUGGAUCAGCGUUCUCCAUUCAAAUAACACCUUAACAUUAGAAUUAUUCCACAAUACUGCCGACGGAUCAGCUCAAAGAGAGAUUAUCGCCUAUGGCUGCAAAUCUUAAAACACUGGAUUUGGCACGUCAUUGUGCACAUUAGGCUACACAUCAUGAAAUAUAUUGAGUAAAAAAAAUAGACAGUAGCCUAAUAGCAAACUAGAACUAAAUUGAAUGAACAUUGUAGUUCAGUAUGUAGGCCUAUGUAGCUGUAGGUCGACUAUUUAUCUUUUAAUGCACUCGUCUGGGUUUUCAUUUGAAGCAUAUUUUUAUCCUUUGCUUAUUUGUAAGAAUUUUAAAGACAUUGGCAACUUCAUUUGUAGUCAACUUCGUUGUGAAGUUAUCGACAGUCACAGAGAGACAAAUAUCUUGAUUCUAUGUUUAGCGGUGAUCUUCUGUGUAUAAAGUGACGCGGUAGGGAAAAACACAUCUAAUUACGCACUUAGCUGUUCGACGAGAGUGGAGUGGUCUACGCACUUAGCUGUCUAACAAGCGUUUUCAAGUGCAACUUUAGUAACGAUGGAUUUGGGAAACAGCUCGGAGAUUUAACGAUGCCCCAUGAAGGUUCUAACAAUGAAUUUAGCUUUAAGAUGCCUUAUGAAAACUGGGAUCUAGUCUCUGUUGCAUUUCCAUGAAGACUUACCCCCCCACA